AUGGAUAAACUCAAAGAUGCUGUAAUGAAGCUCUUUGUGAACAUUGGUCCUGAACAGAAAGGUUCAAUUCAAGCACACAUCAACAACUUCGUCUCUGAUUUCAAGCCUCCUCAUCAUCCUCCAUACGCUGCGAUGAUACAUAGAGCAAUUGAAGAGUUGAGCGAGAGAAGAGGUUCAAGUGAAGAUUCAAUAUCACAGUAUAUUAGGAAGCAGUACACUGACCUUCCAUUAGCUCACAAUUCGUUGUUGAAGCAUCAUUUGCGCGAGCUGAGCAAUUCUGGUGAGAUCUUGAUGACUGGUAGACAUUUAUAUUUAAUCCCUAGCACUGAUGCCAGGCUGGAGCCUGGUGUUACAGCUGAGAAAGUUAAACUGAAGAGAAAUAAGAAGACACGAAGGGGUAGUGGUAAGAUUGGUAAGAAAUAUGAGGAGUCUGAUGAGGAUGAGGAAAUAUAUUAUGAGGAGUCUGAUGAGCAUGAGGAAAAAUAUGCCGAGGCAAAGGGAAAAACUGGUAGGAAUGACAGAGAGGGAGAUGAGUUGAUUGGAGAACUUAUUCAUGCUGCCAACCCUGCACUGGAGUUUUGUGUUACAGCUGAGAGUGAUAAGCCAAAGAGAAAGAGGAUGAGGAGGGGUAGGGGUAGGAUAGGUAAGAAAAAUAAGGAGUCUGAUGAGCAUUGAAAUAUAUGGCGAGACAAAGGGAGAGGCUGAUAGUUGUAACAAACAGAGAUGAGUUGGUGAAUAUAAUGAAUGUCGACAAAGUCAGAGAACUUAGUCAUAUAAUAAACCUGAAAAAGGGAAUUAGGAAUAAACGAAGAGCAAUCACUGGCAAGCUGUCACCUGGUGUGACUUAAACCAAGUAGAACUCUGAAGCCCCGAGAGGCCUCCUGGAUUAUAGGUUUUUAAGUUCCAAUCAGAUGGAAAAGAUCUGAUUGAACAAGAAGAAAGUGAAAGGAACUAUAAUUGGGAAAGGCUUUCUGAGUCUGAAACACUGCAGCAGCUUGAGAGUAACACCGACUACUACACUGCAAAUUACACUAUCUCUCCAAGUGUAAGGCCUUUUUAUUAUGCUUGAGUUUUGUGUCUAAUAAGUGGUAACUCUGUAUUAAAUACACUAUAACUUGCUUGAUUAGCUAACAAUAGUAAAUUGCGACAGCUGCUGAAAGCUCUUUAUUGCCAUGAUCA